GGCCCACGCCCCCCCCCGCCCCCCCUCCACCCGUAUUUUAAGAUUUGAGAGGCCCCCCUCCCACCCGUAAUCUUUAUUCAUCGUGCAGGUAGUCGCAAUGUUUGCGGGUCGGCUCGAAGUAAGUUUCUACUAUGAAGAAACUCGAUUGGUCUGCGGUUUAUCUACUUUUGUUGUUGUGUGAAGUCUCCGCCUCCCUGGGCGGUAUACAAAUACAGGUUUGGACUUCUUGCAUCAAGAGGAUCAUUCGUAACAUCUUCAUUGAAAAACAACAAAGAUCAAAAAAAAAAAUUCUUGGCAGGAGUAUUCAGUCUUCAAACAGGUUGUCGCGUUAUGAUUUUCUUAGUGCGGGGGGCCCACGCCCCCCCCCGCCCCCCCUCCACCCGUAUUUUAAGAUUUGAGAUUGAGAUCUGAUAUCUAAGAUUUGAGCUUGAGAUUCGAUAGAUGACCUGCGAUGUGUUUAAGAUGUUUUAAGAUUUGAGAUUGAGAUAAGAUUUGAUAAUUAAGAUUUUUUAAGAUAUAAGAUUGAAAUAAGAUUUGAGAUUGGGAUAAGAUUUGAUAGAUCAUCUGAGAUCGAUUUAAGAUUUCUUAAGAUUUGAGAUCGAGGUGAAGAAUUAAGAUUUGGAUUGUGAAUCAGAUUGAGAUUUGACUUGAAAUUGAUUUAUUCAAUUUGAAUUAUUCAUGAAGUUGAAUUAUUCAAGUUGAACUAUUCACGAAGUUGAACUAUUCAAUUUGAACUAUUCACGAAGUUGAACUAUUCAAUUUGAACUAUUCACGAAAUUGAACUAUUCAAUUUGAACUAUUCACGAAAUUGAACUAUUCAAUUUGAACUAUUCACGAAAUUGAACUAUUCAAUUUGAAUUAUUCACGAAGUUGAACUAUUCAAUUUGAACUAUUCACGAAAUUGAACUAUUCAAUUUGAAUUAUUCACGAAAUUGAACUAUUCAAUUUGAACUAUUCACGAAAUUGAACUAUUCAAUUUGAAUUAUUCACGAAAUUGAACUAUUCGGGAGUCUUGCGAUAAAAUUGUAGAUAUGACUAUCAAUAAUUGCUAUGCCGCCAGAUGGAGAUGCAGCAGAGAGCGUGUUUCUGCCACGAAAAUGGAAGCCGACCUUCUGGCGUGGAUCACGACAGCAUGAUAAAAACACAUCUGCAGAUGGUUUUAUUUAGUUGCGCGCAAAGAAAAACACUGGCAUAGAGAAAUCACAUACGAAGCUGAGCAUCAAGGCUAUGACCACAAGUGCAGUCGCUUGCCUGUGCUACUGGAGACGCAAUCCAAUGUAGUCUAGUCACAUUAGAAGUGUCUUUUAUACGAAUCUGCAGUACUAGCUGCAACGAGAAGCAACAGAAAGAUGUUCAACUUGAUUUCACAGAGGAUCCUAGAAGACAGAUGAGUAACCCGUUGUGGUGCAGCACUCAGUUCCUCUCUCUUUUCUAUUUACAACACAUUUGCAUCAUUACCAUUACGGUCACUUCCUUCUUUAAUCUCCACACCGCUAUGAUUUGUCUGGUUUUCCUUUUGAAGCUCGCGCGAUUCAUCCGUUAACGACAAGCACCAAGCGCCGAAGUUCAAAAUCAUUGCCAUUGUUGUAACAACUUCCUAUGUCGUCUUCCUAAAUCUGAAUUAUCUCAACGACUCGCGUCCUUGUUCCUUUAUUCCUUUACCAACAGCGACAAAAAAAAAAAAACAACAAACACUAGAAAUACUUCGCUUUUUGACCACGACUUGGCGGCACGAACACAUAGACCAUGUUUUAGUUUUUCUUUCGAAGAUGAAAGCGAUUCGACUUGUAGCCACCGUGAGCAGUAGAACCGUUUGAAUUAUGUAAGACGAGAAACAUCAAAAACCUAUACACAUUGGCGACAGGAGCAAUUUCCUCCAAAAAUCAAAGAUGGUUUCCGUGGCGGUGUCCCUCCCCCGCACCAUCACCUCCGCGGGGGGUGUCCUCGCCCAGCUAGAAGAGCAGGACAACGUGCUGAAAGCGGAAGCGCUGGUCCAGCUUGACAGUGUGGUGGACCAGUUUUGGCCCGAGUUGGCGGAUAAUCUGGAAGUGAUAGAAUUGCUCGCGGAAGAUGAAAGCUUCAGCGGGAAAAAGCGGGCUUGCUUGGUACAAUAGUUUUUUGAUGCGGUUAGUACGACGAGAAGUCUGUUAGAUCCUGCCAUGCAGAAUUGAAAUUCUGCAACUACAACCAACUAAAGUGCCGCGAUUCAACCAUCCAAUAUGGUUCGCUUGCGAGACCAGGAACAGGCCACCUUUAGAUGAACCAAUACCUCCCAUCAACUGGUUCUACAAACGAAAAAAUGACAGGUCCUUUCCAAAGUGAACUACCACUUGGAGCUUUACGACAUUGCCCUGGAAUACGCUCUCGGUGCGGAAGAGUUUUUCAAGUUGACCGACCGGACGGAGUACGUGGAAAAAAUGGUGACGAAGUGCAUUGACAAGUACAUCGUCUACAAGCAGGAGAUGGACAACGGAAAAACCGACCUUCCCGCCCUGGACAGCCGGCUGCUCGACAUUGUGGAACGCAUGUUCGCGCGGUGUAAAAAGGACCAGGAGUGGUAGAGCUUUAUUUUUUAGAAAUUUGAUACGACAUCAUGUCGUGCUCAUGCUCAUCGAGGCGAGUGCUUUCGCGUUUUUCAAUAUCGACGUUGAAGUAGACGAAAAUGUACCUGUUUUCUUCGCAUAAUUACUUAGAUAAAAGUGGGAUGACGUCAUCGAUCUGGAAGUAGAGCACGACGAAUGAAGCCAUUCUUUCAGGUACCACGGCCUGGGCAUUGCGAUCGAAUGCAAGAGGUUGGACAAAGUUGAGGAUUUUGUCACGUCCUCGCCCUUCCUCUUUCAGAUGAUUGACUACUGCCAGAGGAACCUGCGUAUCCUGUGCAAAAGUAUCGUACUCGUAUUGCAAUCAUGCAUUGCAAAUCUUUUUCUUAAGGCAAAUCCCCAUUACAAAUUUCAUUUCUCAUGCUGAAGAAACUUGUAAUGCAUUUAUACGAGUGGGAGUGCGAUACUUUUGCAGUUCAUACUGCGCAACCCGGCGAUCGGCAGUCGGGAGUUCCGCAUGCAGCUGGUGAAGCUGCUGAUCGACAUCUACAAGAAACAGGGUCUGAACUCCAACGCGAAGAGCAGCACGUCUACUUCCAGCACAGCCGGAUCCUCGAAUAUAAAGCUGAAGUUCAUCACGAAGCUUUUGCAGUGCUAUUGCUUCGCAAACGACGUUACCAGCUCGAAGGAUCUGCUGACCAUGCUGUUGAAGCGCGAGAUUACGCUUGGAGGAGCGGCGACUACAACAGCUUCAUCAGGAGACAAAAUGGACGUGGACAGUGGGGAGAAAGAACCGCAAGUAGAGUCGGAAGACAGCAUAUGACAGUGCACAACUCCCCCUCCCCCUCAUUUGUAUAGCAUGAACGGUAAUACAAGCAUCAGCAAGAAUGCCGGUUUUGCAUGACAAAUAUGAACCGGAGUGUAGUGCUAUUUGGGCUACCAGAGCUUGUCAUGCAAACAGUGCCAAGAGACAAAAGGUCGCGCUCGGCUAGCUGGCCGGGCUGUACUGAUCAGGUGUGGUGGGUAGCUCCCGACUGGUUGGCACUUUUCUUGGGGCGACUUGCCGUGGUAGCGCUCGGCUUUUGUAUGAUGAGGUUGCCGAAAGCGCUUCCUCGCCCACCCCCCGGGGAGGUGCUCCUUGACCUGUGGCGCUGGGAGAGGGUGUCCACUACAUGAUGAUGAUGAUGAUUGGGUAUUUUGCAUGACAAAUGAGGGGGAGGGGGAGUUGUGCACUGUCAUAGAGCACGAAGAACUUGCUGCUCGUGUUUCAGCUGGCGUUUGACAUCGUGGAGAACGAAAAUCAGCAGUUUUGCCGCGAUUUGGUCCAGGCACUGAAGGCGGACAAGGACAAAAUUGUGGGGAAAAAGAAGGUCGUCGAGCCGGUUGUAGAAGCAGCUGCAGCUGCUGCUGCUCUAGCGGCAGAGGGCGGAGAGCCAGGUAACACGGAUUCGGAAUGGCAAAAUAUUGGUAUUUUAUUUGCCAUGCAGAACUCCAUAAACAGGAUAUAUUUCUCUCCUCAAGCUAGAAAAUCCGCUUUGAGUAGUUUUAAGUAGAAAACGUAUCAUUGUCAACAUGAUGAAGCAAUUCGUGAAGGAGUUGCUUGAGUAACCUUUCUGCUUCCCCGCAUUUCUUGUGCAUGAUUGUCGGCAAUAAAAAAGCCACAAAGUAGGAACAAUAAUCAUUAUCACCAAAACAGCUCCGGCCGGCGGAGAGGUGGAAAUGCAGGCUAUCAGCGACGACGCGGGCCUCCCGGACUACAACGAGCAGCUAGACAAGGAGUUUGACCUUUUGCUCGGCAUCCUCUCCGGCUUGAAAAAGCUGGAAUUGAACCUCUCCUUCCUGUUCAAAAACAACCGGACCGAUUUACUCAUUCUCGACAAGGCAAAGAAGGCCUGCGACCAGAAAAACGCAAUUCUCCACACCGGACACAUGUUCAUGCACGCGUUUAUGCAGGUAUCGUAUCAUAAUCAUGCUGGGUGAUGAGUGCAUUUCAAGUGUGUCGUCAUCUCAUGACUUUGUUUUGACACCGAGCAAAAGCAAAAGUACUAGACUAAUAUGCAAGUAGACGUUGUAAGAACUAGGAGUUGGAGUUCCAAUCAUAAACCCAAAUCUAAACCACUUCUCCAGGCCGGCACGUCCAGCGACAUUUAUCUUCGGCAAAACCUGGACUGGAUGUCCCGAGCGGUGAUGUGGGCAAAGUUCUCUACCACCGCUUCCCUCGGCGUCGUCCACCGCGGCCACAUUAAGGAGUCCAAAAACAUCCUCGCCGCCUACCUCCCCCGGGAGGACGCGCAGGGCGGACAGCAGACCAGCGGGUCGUAUGCGGAGGGCGGUGCGCUGUUUGCCAUGGGCUUGGUGCACGGGAACUACUACGAUAAAGAGGUUGAGGAGUACCUGCUGAAGCAGUUGAAGCAGGGCCAGCACAGCGAGAUCUUGCGGCACGGGGCGUGCCUGGGACUGGGGUUGAGUUCCAUGGGCACGCACAACCCAGUUCUGGUGGAGGAAAUGAAACAGGCACUGUACACCGACCAGGCCAUCACCGGGGAAGCCGCAGCGUACGGGAUGGGACUGGUAUGUGAUAGUGGUGAACUUCUAUUGGCUAGUACUAAAUCAAAACCAUUACUAUAUAUCAUGCAUGCUGAAUCGCGAGGGUUGUUUCCUCGUGAGACGUUGUGACGCCGUGUAACACGCCGUGUUACACGCCGUGUUACACAUCCGCACAAACUACACUGUAGUUUGUUGAGGCUGUAUGAUUCAUACGAUGGCGAACCAGAAGGCAGCCUUACUCCAUCUAGUAUCACGAGUAGAAAGCGAAAAACGUAUAAACGUUUGAAGAUAUGUCGUGCAGCACGAUCAUUUUUUAUUUUUUCUACCCUGGUACUAGUUGCUUGUGCUAAAAAUAAAACAGGUUAUGUGCGGUUCCGCCUCGGAGAAGGAAAUCAAGGAACUUCUCCAGUACGCGCAGGACACCCAGCACGAGAAGAUCAUCCGCGGGUGCGCGGUCAGUUUGGCCCUGAUCAUGUUUCAGAAGGAGGAGUCCGCCGACUCGCUCGCGGAACAGCUGCUCCUCGAGAAGGACCCGAUCCUGCGGUACGGCGGGUGCUUCGUGAUCGCCAUGGCCUACUGCGGCACGGCCUCGAGCCGGUCGAUUCAGAAGCUGCUGCACCUGGCAGUGUCCGACGUGAAUGACGACGUGCGGCGGGCGGCGGUGCUGGGCUUGGCGUUUGUGAUGUGCAACGUGCCCACACGCGUGCCGCAGAUGGUGAAACUGCUCGCCACUAGCUACAACCCACACGUCCGCUACGCCGCGGCCCUCACUCUCGGGAUCUCGAUAUCAAAGUGAAAAAGCCCCCGCCCCAUAUUCAAAAGUUGCUGGAUUUGUGUACACAAAUGAAAUUAGUAUUGUAGCAAGAGCUUGGCGGCAUAUUCUACGCUCAUUUGGCUACGCGUCCGGCUAGGAGCUAAACAUGAGAAACAAGUCCCACAUAGGCGAAAACGCAUGACAGACUCGCUGUACAAUGCGCCACAUGGGUGCCGUUUACCUUGUACGCAAGACAGAGCUGAUUUGUGGUCACAGAUCAGCAUCACAAGUUUCCUUUUCGAUAUGGGGGGGGGGAGACUUUUCCUCACAAUACUCGAACGCGGGCAGCGCGAACGCGGACUGCGAGGACAUCUUACGCCCCCUGUUGGCGGACAACACGGACUUUGUGCGGCAGGGAUAUCAACUGUAAAAAUAUCUGGGUCUGGAAGAUUGCCAGGUUUGUCAUGCAUAUUUUGCAUGACCCAUGAGGUCUGGCAUGUAGGACAUAGCAUGACAGAUUCUGUGUUAGUUCUAUCAUGCCUAUCCUGCGCGAGAAACUGCCUCUCGAUUAGGUCAAAAGUGGACAGCUACUUUUGGUAAUCAUGCAACACAGAUUUUCACAUGAUUCAGAUCUAGCAUGACAAGUUGCUUUGUUCCAGACCCAGACAUUUUUGCAAUCCAUAAGGGAGCCUACGUCGCCAUGUCGCUGCUGUACAUGCAGUCCGUCACCGACAACGCGGAGAAGUUUCGAAGUGAAGUGAUGAAGUGCAUCGGGGAAAAGCACGAGGACGUGGCCACCAGGUUUGGAGCACUGCUGGCUCAGGGAAUCAUGGACGCGGGUACAACUUUAUUGUUUUCAUCUUGCAUCUGGCCAAAGAAGCUUGUUACACUUGUUUUCAUCUUGCAUAAUAUUAACAAAAUCUAUAUCCUGCGUUGUGGCUUUCUUUGUCAAGGGCCAGGUUGUGUUGUAGUUCAGGAACUACAGAACAACUGAUCCCUAGUAUUUGCAUUGGUUUCAUCUAUAAUACCUCCUGACGGGGCUGCGUUUUAUAGCCAACGGCACUGCGCAUGCUUCAAUUAGGUUUUAUCAGCUAAGAAAAUCCACCACAGGCGGGCGCAACGUGUGCGCUUCCUUUUUCUCCAAGUCUGGCGCAGUGAGACAGGGCGCAGCGGUCGGGUUUUUGCUGUUCACGCAGAUGUGGUAUUGGUACCCGCUGAUCCAUAUGCACUGCAAAAGUAUGGUACUAGUACAAAACGCAUGACAAAUUUUUCCGGAAAGAAAAAUUAAAUUUGUCAUGCAGAACAAGCUAAAAAAGCAGAUCUGUCAUGCAAGACCUGCAUUUAUACGAGUGCGAUACUUUUGCACAGGAUAAUCCACGGCUUGUCCCUUUCCUUCGUGCCCACGGCCGUGAUCGGGUUGAACAAAGACCUCAAGAUGCCGAAACACUUUUCGUUCCACUCCGACGUGACAGGGUACGGAUCGAAAAUUAAGAACAAUCUCUUCGACUACCCGAUGCCGGAAGAGUCCAAGAAGGCCGAGGAAGUGACGAAAACCAAGGCGGUUCUGUCCACGGCCGCGAAAAAAACGGGCGGGAAGGCCGGCAUGGAGCGCACCAGCAGCAAGACGCCAACCGCCAAGGACAGCCCGGAGAGUCUGUUGCCGAAAGAGGGGGAGGAGAAGAAGGACGGUAAAACACCCACCGCUGCCGGUGCCGCGGGGGAGAAGAAAAUCCCGUCGAAGGGACAGGACGAAAAAGUGGCGGCGUUCGCAAAGAAGUUCGAGGACGCCGACAAAAUGGAGGUGGAUGAAGAGGGUGGUGCUGGAAGUAAAAAGGCAAAAGCAGGAGCUACCGAUGGCAAAGACACCAGCGGCAAACAAGCGAAGGACGGCGAGAGCAAGGAAAAGGAGGGGGAGAAGAAGAAAAAGGCGCUGCCGAGCUGCAUGCCGUUACACAACCCAUCGCGGGUCAUCCCGAUUCAGGAGAAGUAUAUCAAAUUCACACUAACCGGCCUGAUUCCCGUCGAGGUACCCGCGGCGCCAGCGGUCCCAGCAACAACUACAGUCCCGUUGGGAGAUUCCGAAAGUAAAGACAAGGAGAAAGAGGAAGGCGCUGCGAAGGUGGAAACAAGCACAGAAUUAAAGGAUGGAAAGGAAGCGAAGCCCGCAACGGAGAUGAAGCCGGUCCGGUACGUGCCGAUUUUGCAGAACGACCGACAGUCUGGCUUUUUGCUGCUGGAGGAUCGGAAUCCCAACGAAGCCGAAGAGUUUGUGGAGCCAAGUAAGAAAAUCGAAGACCCGGAGCCGGAACCCCCAGAACCGUUUGAAUGGGUGCUAGGAAUUGACGGAUAA